AUGCCUGCCAUUGAUCCCACCACUCAAUCGAACUAUCGAGAAUUCACGGUGCACCAAGGGGCGAUCCACAUGGACGUCGACUUCGAUGCCCGCGUCGUCCACGGGAAGGUGACGUUCACCCUUGAAGGCGCCAGUGCUACCAAGGUGGAGUUGGACACGUCGUACAUCACCAUCCACGAGGUCUCCGUCAAUGGGACUAAGGCUGAGUACACCCUUCACUCGAGAAAAGAGCCGCUUGGGUCCAAGCUUGAGAUUACCCUCCCGCAACCGAUGGAGGGGAAGUUUGACGUCACCAUUACUUACGAUACCACUGAGCAAACCACCGCGCUUCAAUUCUUGGAUAAAGAGGUGACUGACGGUAAGGUGGCCCCUUACUUGUUUUCUCAAUGUGAAGCGAUUCACGCCAGAUCGAUGGUGCCUUGUUUCGAUACCCCCUCCGUCAAAUGCCCUUACAAGUUGAGUGCUACCUCGCCUUAUAAGGUGUUGAUGAGUGGUAGACCUCUUUCCCAAGAAGGCAACACUUACUACUUUGACCAGCCCGUACCCAUCCCCCUGUACUUGAUCACGGUGGCGUCGGGUGAUAUCACUGGGUUACCGAUUGGCCCUCGGUCUACUGUGUACAGCGAACCGGUGAAAGUGAAGGAUGCUCAAUGGGAGUUUGAAGCGGAUAUGGAAAACUUUUUACAGAUCGCCGAGAAGUUGGUGUUUGCCUACGAGUGGGGUACUUACGACGCGUUGGUGUUGCCAGCUUCGUUCCCUUAUGGUGGGAUGGAAAACCCCAACAUGACUUUCCUCACCCCUACUUUAAUCUGUAAAGACAGACUGUGCGUGGGAGUGGUGGCGCACGAGCUUGCCCACUCGUGGCUGGGUAACUUAGUCACCCUGGCUCUGUGGUCGCACUUCUGGUUGAAUGAAGGGUGGACGGUGUAUCUUGAACGUCGUAUAAUUGAGGCCAUCGCUGUUGCUGAAGCUAAGCAAAAGGGGUUGCCCAACCCUGAAGAAUACGGGGCUCAGAUGAGACUGUUCUCUGCCAUCAUCGGGUGGACGUCUCUCGAAGGUGUCAUUGCCAACAUGGGGGCCGAUAACCGCUACACUAAGCUCUACCUUGACUUAACUCCUGAUGACGACCCCGAUGAUGCGUUCUCGCAAGUGCCUUACGAAAAAGGUCUGAGCUUGUUGGUGCACUUGGAACAAAAGCUUGGCGGUAAAGCAGUGUUUGACCCCUUUAUCCCUCAUUACUUCAAGACCUUCAGAUACAAGCUGUUGGACACUGACGAGUUCUUGGAAUGUCUCUACAAAUUCUUUGCCGACAAGAAGGACAUCCUUGAUCUGAUUGACUGGAAGACCUGGUUACACACCACCGGGUUGCCUCCCAAGCCUGCCUUUGACACCACUUUGGUUGACCAAUGCUACCAAUUGGUUGACAAAUGGAGCAAAGCCAACGGUGACUACACUCAGUUUACUGAAGAUGACCUUCUGCUGUUUUCGUCGAACCAAGUGGUGGUGUGGCUCGACACUAUGCUUCAACACAAAUGGGACCAAGCGACCUUGGCUGCCAUUGACAAAGCAUACCCUACAUUGGGUUCCUCAUCGAACUACGAGAUUGUCUUUCGCUACUACAAGCUUCAAGUGGCUGGAGGCGUGCCUGAAUACUGUCAAAAGAUGGCUGAAUGGUUGGGCACCGUUGGUCGCAUGAAGUUUGUGCGUCCUCUGUACCAAGUGUUGGCUAAAGUUGAUCGGGACUUGGCGGUGAAGUACUUCAAAAAGUGGCAGGAUUCGUACCACCCCAUCUGCCGGUCGUUGGUUGUCAAGGAUUUGGGCUUGUAA